AGAAUCGAACAGUCACUAUUUACUAUAGUCGCCACUUAACGCUCGUCAGUCGUCAGUCGUUAGACUCGUACAGUCAUACAGCUGCUCUGGUCCGUCGUCGCCUAUCGUCCGUUGCGGGUCCGUCGUUCAGUUGAAUCUCGACCGCGGGUGUUUGAUCCUGCUGUGACCCUUUGCGGUUGACACCAAUCUGUUUUUCGUCGACGUCCGUGGUAGGCUUAGCGGAUUAGUGACAAGACGAUGAAACGGUUAGUAGUGAUUAUUCAUGUCCUACUGGCUGCUAGCUCUAACGGUUUGGUGUACAAAGACUUAAUUGAUUUAGAAGAGCUUACAGAUAUUUUUGAUUUGUCAGACUGCGUCAAAGGCUAUCUGAUGGCUGGUGCAAUAGUACUAAAUUCAGAUAGAAAUGCAUAUUCACAAUUGAAUUCAUUGUUACAAAAUGAUUAUUCAGCUGAAAAUAGUACAUCUAUUGAUAAAGACAAAACCCCUAUGUGUCUUGUAAAUGAGUUAGCAAGAUUUAAUAAGAUCAAGCAUCAAUACAAGCUAACUAAUGAACAAGGACCACCACACAAAAAAAAAUUUACCGUUACUUUGCAGUUAGGUAAUGAAGAAUACAAUGCAGAUGCAAUGAGUAUUAAAAAAGCUCAACAUGCUGCGGCUGCACUUGCUUUAUCAAAAACUAGUUACAACCAACCACAAACUAAAAUGAAAUUAAAAGCUUCUGGUCAUUAUAAUAAUAUCACUCCAACUGUAGAGCUAAAUGCAUUGGCAAUGAAACGUGGAGAGCAAACAGUUUAUACAGUGGUUGAAACACCUCAAUAUUUACCAACACCACAACCACCCAACCAGUUUAAUAAUUUCAGACCUGAAAUGUAUACUCACACAAGAACAACGGGACCUUAUAACAACUUCAAUAAUAUAGUUACUAGAGGCGGACCACGAUGUAUGCCAUAUGUACCAAAUUUUUAUAACACACGUUUCAAUGUUUCGCAGGUUCCUCCGCCAAAUAACUAUAUUAAGCCUGAAGUCAAACCUGUAGGCAUUUAUAAGGUUAAGCUUCAAAUUGGUAAACAUGAGUUUAUUGGUCAUGGUAAUACAAAUCAAGCAGCAAGACAUGAUGCUGCAUUAAAAGCCUUAACACAAAUUAAAAAUGAAAGAAAAAAAUGAAAACAUCAAAGAACGGGUGAUUCAAAAUCAGUGAUUUCACAAGUUUAUGAAGUAGCUCUCAAAAUGAAGUUACCUAUCAAAUUUGAAGUUUUAAAAGAAGAUGGACUACCACACAUGAAAACUUAUAUUACUAAAUGUACAGUCGGAACUUACAAUGCCACUGGUGAAGGGAAUGGAAAAAAAAUUUCAAAACGACGAGCUGCAGAAAAAAUGCUUCAAACUUUGAAAGAAGCAAAUGAAUCUCUUUUAGAAGAUGAUAAUAGUUCUCCAACACUACCAUUACCAACAAAAAAUCGUUAUAAGAUGCCCAGGAAAAAAAAUAAGAAUCUAAUCAAAGAAACAAAACCAAACUCGGAAAACAUAGAACCUGUGGAUGUUAGUUAUAAAACGGAGGAUACUGAUCCAGUUGCUAAACUUUAUAAAAUACAGGCAACAAAAAAAGAAAAAGAACCAUUAUAUGUUCUUAAGGAAGAUAUCAUACACACAAAUCGCAAAAAAGAAUUUAUUUUUGAAGUUUCAGUUGGACAAAAUUCUGCAUUGGGCAAAGGACCUAAUAAGAAAGAUGCUAAACGUAAUGCAGCUGAAAAUCUAUUAGUGGAAAUGGGUUACGAAAGUGAACUUAAAAGACGUUCUAUUAAAAAUAAUGAUUUACCUUUGGCAAGUCAUGAAAAUAAAGCAAAUAUUGACAGUCCGAGAAAAAAUGGACGGCAAAUUGCUCCUGGUGUUUUACUUGUAUCACCUGAAACAUCAAUAACCAAUAAACCUAGUCAAGGAAAUGAUGGAGUUCCUUUGGUGUCAGUCGCUAGUAACAUGGCCAAUGAUUUCUCAGUUAUUAAUUUUCAGCCAACUAAACAGUUGGAUUACUUUUCACAAAUGUUAGGUUUUAAAGUGCAGUAUUCCGAGUUCCCAAAGGGGAACCAUAACGAUUACCUGACAUUAGUAUCUCUUUCGACAAUGCCCCCACAGAUCUGCAAAGGAUCUGGUUCUACUUUAGAAAAUUCUCGUAACGCUGCUGCAUUGAAUGCCAUCAGUUCCUUGGUAAAUCUUAAUAUACAAACAGGUCAGCAAGCAGAACCAACACAACAAGGACCUGUGAAUGGAUUUUCUAUUCAGCAAAAUCAUUAUAAUAGUAAUCCUAUAACUAGGCUUAGUUAAACAUACUCUUCUCUUGAAUACAUAUUAGUUAUGUUUAUUUGUUUAGUUAACUGGUAAAAACGUAGUUUCCAUGAUAUCUGUUAAAUUUGUUAUUUUAAAAAAUAUUGGUUUUAGUUGAGUUUUGAUUUAAAAGAGUUAGUACUUUUAAAAAUAAUUUUUUAACCAUAUGACAAUAUAUUUUAAAAAUUUUUAAACUACGUUUUGGCCACUUAAGUAAAAAUAAUUUAUAUUGACUCAGACUUUUGAAACUUAAUCUAUUUUUGUGUUUUAAUAUAACACAAUACAAUUACUUUUCUGAGUAUGUAAUUUCUUUAAUGUUUAUAACUUAAUGUCACAUUAUUAAUAUUUUUUUUUUAUAAAAUAAGAAUUUUCAUUUUUAACUUUAUUUUCAUGCUUAUUUUUGUUACAACUCUCAUUUUUAGUAUAACGUGAAUCAUAUUGAUUUAUCUAUAAGUAUUUCCAUUAUACUUUACUUUUUUUUAAUUUUCUAGUAGGUGUAAUGUUCCAAGUGUAUUUUAAAAUGCAAAUUUGAAUUAUAACCACUACGGUUAUUACUUAUAUGCAUUUGUCUUUGAGUAUUAUAUUUACUAAAAAUAAGUACAAUGAUAUUACAUUUGUGUUUAUUUUAUUAUUCAUUAUGGCUAUUAUGCUUGUAUAAUGUUUGUAAAAUGUUAAUUUCCUCUUUUUAUUUUUUUAGUUUUGCUUUUAGUGAAAAAUCAUUAAAACAUUUUUACAAU